UCCUUUUUAUUUUGAUGUUUAGCUCACAUAAUAUACUUUAAAUGUGUGGAUUAAAGUGUCUGUAAUAGAAUAAUCGUGUAAAAACGAAUGUAGACAUGAAUAAUUGGAUUUCUAUAGCUUCCAAAACAUUUAUACUUGAGGAGAUGGCUGCGCUGUGGCUUCAAAACAGCGCCCUCUUAGUCAUCCAGGGUUUAUAGACAUGAUUGGUUUGUUAUCCAGGGUUUAUAGACAUGAUUGGUCUAGACCCAGACAAGGCUAGAAUUUAGAACGAGCGAUCUCUGCUGUGAUUAGCUCGUUGUAGUCCGAAGAGCACGCCUAUUUUUUACUUCAAACAGCGGCGCCGGUUGGUUGCUAGAAUGUUUAUGUUUAAGCUGAGCCACCGGUAAUCUAGCUAGCAUGUAAAUACAACUAGGUAACGUUUUCACCGGCUAUAUUAACGUUUCAAUUACAUAGCUAUAGCAAAUUCGUCCACUUUAAAUAAGAAGACAUAACGCCCGGAUCAGGAUGAACAUGUCAGCUGAGGGAAGGACCCUCCUCUCAACUAUGUUACCAGGGAAGAAACCUAUGCCCUCGAAGGCUGCUAAACAUAACUCACUAACAGUGGCAUCGAAGAUAAAGACCAAGAUUCUCAACACAUCCUCGUUCUUCAAGGUCUCCCUGAAGACUAACAACAAGGCUCUGGCUCUGGCCUUGGUGGCUCAGAGGGAGAGAAGCAGACAGCUUGAAGUGGAAACUGUGCACCUACGGAAACAAUUGGAGUCUCUGAAUUUUGACCUGGCUAUUCGCAGAUUCAAGCACAACCAACUGAUUCUAAUCUUGAAAGACCUUCAACGCAACACUUUGGAUAACUUGGAAAGGGCUGUGGACCUCUUCUCUGAUGAAAAUGGAAGGGAAGUUGGAGAAUCUCAUUUUGAAUGGGAGUCCCACCAUUACCACGGUAACGGCUCCCGCCCCUUAAAGGGGCAGCUGAAGGUUUUUGUCUCACAAGAUGACCCUGAAGUAUCUGAAGACCAUAAUAAGCCACCCCCCGAUAAAAAAGAGAAAAAUGGUCAGAUGGAGAGGGUAGCGGUUCCGAUACCUCUUAUCAUAGCAGAGCAGUCCAGGGAUUUGGUGUCCCCCUCAAAACAGACCAGCACGAGCCAAGAGGUUGUAGUAAAUGACAGAAGAACCACGUCCACAAAUCCUUUUGGGACCCAAAGUAGAUCAUCAGAGUCCACUGCCAGUAAAGACAGCAUUAAUAAGAUGGAGCAGCAGGUGGACAAUACUUUGAAAUCGACCAAAAAGAGAACAUCCCGACAAUCCAGUAGCCUAAAAGAUGAGGUGGAAAAGUGGUCAAAGAUUUAUUCUGACACUGGACUUGACCCUAUCCCAGCAGUCUUGCCUUCUGUUGUCUCCACAACGAAUAUUCUACAGCCCUCUGGUACUGAUAAAGUUGUGCAUCAUCCAAACAGCUUAAAGAUGGAGACCACAUUGGCGCUUGCAAUAAAGACCACUGUUGGGGAAGCAGAGAAGACCACCAUCAAUGACACAGAGAUGGAGAUAACUAUUGGGGACAGCGCUGCUGAAAUCGUUACAGUGGAGACCAAGCCCAAGAAAGCUGGUGGACCGAAGAAACUGAAGGUGCCAAAGACAAAAAUCCCUUCUCUAUUAGUGAAGGUUGGAAAUAAGAACAGUGGGCCAACACGUGUUGUUGAUAAUCUAGAGGUGAAGAGCUCUGCCGUAAACGUGGAGCUGCCGACAGCGAUACAAAAGGUGUUUUCCACAACAUCACUACACACAGACAACCCUACAGCGGAGGGUGUGGAUGUAGAACACAGAGAAGAGGACUUCAUAGAGAACUCAGCCAGUGAGAUAGAAUCCCUUGUUGCCCGCAGAAAGACUUAUGUCACCUCUCGCAUCACCAAACACAAAAAACCUACCCGAGAAUCCCAUAAAACAACACAAGAUUUUCCAAAACCGUCUGACCCAAGAAAAACUUUUGUAGUGCCUCUCCAAUCCAAAUCCCAUCGAAGUGUCUCACCUGACCCGUUUGAAGAUGACUUUUUUGAUGACCCUGAAGCUCAGAAGUCUCUAUCUAAACUAACCGGGGCAAACCCAUUGGUCAUAGAUGACAAAGUCACUAAAACUAAAGGUCACAAGACUUUUAUGAUUUCUAAUUUUGUGAUUUCUAAUGAGCCUACAUCUAGAAAGGGCCAGAAGAAAUCCAAAGAACGCAGGAAGACUAAAGCACAGCCUGUCAUGGUGGACCAUGAAUUACACAUUGAAGCAGAAAAGGAUCGAUUCCUUCUGCCUCAAUCUCUCAUUGAAGAGGAGUCUCAUUCUCCUGAAGCGUGCACAGCCUAUGUAGACAUGGAUGCCACCCUGCAUGAAUACAGGGAAUCACACAGCUCUUCCAGUGCUUCCCGACCUCGGUCCACAACACGGAGCAGUAAGAGACCCACCAGAGUGAAAGGCAGAGGGACGUUUGUGGUCUCGGUGAACAGGGACAGCUCCUCGAUGAACAGUACAAUAUUAGAUGAUGCUUGGGCCGAAAAGCUGGCGUGUACUCCUACUACACGGUAUAACUCUGUUGCAGAAGAAGAGAAAGAAAUUGUCAGGGAAGAAUGCAUAGAGGAGCAUCUGACUGGACCUCUCCCAGAUCACUGUCUAGCUGCUGGGCGCAAGGCUACAGACUCGGUGGUUGAAGAAACUCAUGCCUCCUCUAAACGUCCAUGGCUUGCUACCCAGGAAUCUGCAAGGAAUUCAGAGGGCCAAGAAAGCUUAUGUGUUGAGGAAGAAAUGCCCCCAUGGGAGAUCAGUGACCCCAUUUCAGUUGCUGCAGAGCAAAAGCCCAAGAAAGCCAGGAGAGUGGAGACUGCAAAAUCAAGGAUGAAGACUGAUUCACAGAAGGGUUACUGUCUUGCCCCUGUGAAGGAAAGGAAAAAAAAGACUAAAAGUAGCACCGCUAAAGGAUUGGCGCCUGGGGGUGCAGGUUAUAUUUUGUCUAGUGAGACUCUGGAUAGCCAGAGUAGUAUAGGUGUACGCACUGCAGCACAAAAUGCAGAAGUACAGCCUGUGGCGGAUCCCAAAGUUUUUCAAGUCAUCACACACUCUGCCACCGCUGAGGAGAGCUGUGAAACUCAUGAACGUUUGUCUUCACUUGAGGUCCUGAGUCCAGACUUCAACGUCAGCAGCUUCAAGCCCCGGUCCAACCAUGGCCCUAAACCGAGAUGUAGAGCCACUUUUGUCAUACCCAAUAGUUUUACCGAUUCCACCAGAAACAGGAGGAACCACAUUGUUCCUGACUCCUUGUCCCAGGAUGAUGGUGACACAAACACCAGGACAUCUAAUGUAUCAUUAUCAACUGUUGAGACCAACACAGAAAUUCCUGACAGUGGUGAGGGAGUACGUCAGAGCCUGAGGGAGCUGCUCAUGGACGAGAGGCCUCCAUGGGAGUCCUCCGUGGAUGUCAGCUGUUCAAAUGAGACUGGAUUUGACACUCCAGCCUCAAGCCCUAAAAGGGUUGCUUCUUCUGCUCACAAGGUUGCUGUAUAUAAAGAGCCGGCUGAGGUUAUGGCUGAAAGAUCUCCAGAAAGAGCCCUGAAGCCACUAACCAACACCAACUGGAUGGAUAAUGAAGACACAGGACGGGCCAGGCGACGGGGAGCUGCUGUUAGCUACAAGUUGCCAGCCAUCAACUGCAAAAUGAGACGUGGAGAUAAGUUCUCAGACACCAAGUACCUGAGUUCUCCCAUUUUUAAAGCGAAGAAGAAGAAAAGACGACAACAGAAGAACACACAUGAACCUGACAGUUUGGAGAACAUUGACUUUAUUGACUUUAUUCUGUGACAUCUAAUUAAUUGACUUUAUUCUGUGACAUCUAAUUUCAUUCUUAUACGUAUUUCCAAUGCUUUUAUUGCUUUUCCCUUUGUUUUAAUAUAAGUUUACAAAUAAAAUGUCAAUACAUUUUAAGUUGAAAAUCUUUUUGUUAAUUUAGCACCCACUUUAUUAGUCAUGAAGGAAUAAAUAAUUGAAUAAGCCUGUAAGAAAUACCACAUUUUUUGUUUUGUGACUGUAACAGAUAUGUGAUAAAGCCAUACAUUAUCUGGAUGGUGCACUCAGCCACCUAAGGAUGAGUUGAACACCCUUAUGCAAUAGCUAGUUGCCUCUAAUAGUAUAUUUUAAAGUUGUUGCAAUAUGAUUAGACGGAGCAUGUUGCAAAACAACUUUAAUUAUACCCUUUGGGGCAACUAGCUAUUCCGUAAGGGUGUUCAACUCAUCCUUAGGUGGCUGACUGCACCAUCUAGCUAAUCUAUGGCUGGAUCACAUCAUGGUUAAGUGCCGACCAACGCACCUCCUUAUGUUUCUAAAAUAAUCUGGACCUGUAUUGUUUGAGUGAUUGACUGGAGGCCCUGUGUGAAUUAUUCAGAGUAGGCUGUUCACUUAGGAGGCUGUGGUUGUCUUUCUGCUCCCCUCGGUCUCUACUGUACACAGCCUUUACACAGGCAGGUGUCCCCUGAAACGGCUACUGUUUGCAGUGUGUCUUUUGGUUGGUUUAUUUACAUGAAACACAUUUGUGAUUUUGUGCUACGCUGACAUUUGGAGUAGUACUGCAGUUUUUGGGUGUAACCAUUGCUGAUAAUUCUGCAUUGUGUGGUAAGUACAGAUUGCUUAACACCAUGAAUGUGUUUCUCUGUAUUAAAAAUAUGACCAACCAAUGUUA